UCCUGGCUAUAUGAACGAGGACUCGUUUGCCGUCUGGGAGACGGUGCGAAGAAACUCCCGCCUGGUGGCCAAUGCUUCGAAAUUCCUCGCAGGAGCUAAUCUUGAUAAGCCCAUAGCGGCGGCGCUGGAUCGUGUGUCGCGGCACCCUGCUCUGCUGGAGGAACUUGCCGAAGUCCAGGCCAUCAGCGAGGACGAGGCCGCGGCUGCUCUCAGAGACGAAGUGAGGUCCUUCGAUGGCAUGCACGAGUUCAUGCGACUCGCAGGAGUCGUGAAGGAAGCAGUCACGUGUCAUCACCGGGAAGACGGUUGCAAGCAGCUCGACGACCUCAACGACCACUGCUGGAUCACGAUCCGGCGCUUCCUCGCGCUAGGUGACGUGGUGGACGUUGAUGCGCCAAGUUAGAGCCGAAUCGUG